GAUACCCAACCCACGAUGAGAGAGCUUCGCACCGUACCCGCAGGGCAGCUAACCUCAUUGGAUUCUCAGCAUCUGAAGAGGACCGCACAGCCAGUGCCCAGAGUCGUGCUGAGGCACACCACCAAGAUGACUCUAAGUGAGCGUUUUGCUCAACUGCGCAAGAACAAACAGCCACAGGCGAUGGCGGGCAGCGUCCGGGCCUCGAAGAGGCGGCAGCAGCAGCUGGCCAGUGCCAGAAACAGAAGACUGGCCCAGCAGAUGGAGAAGAGACCCUCUGUCCAGGCAGCGUUCAAUCCUCGGCAGAGCUUGGAGGGGCGCCUGGGUGAGAGGAGCAUCCAAGUCCGUUUAGGACGUCCCAUGGGUGCCUUUGCCAGGGGAGCGAAUGGAGGAAGAGGCGCAGGCAUCAUCCAGAGAGACGUGCCCCAAGGAGGAGGAGUGGGUGGGGGACCUGCCGCCAGGACCCUGCCCGGGGGCGGGAUGCCACCCCCAGGUCGGGCCGUGUUUUGUGGUGGAAGAGGGGCUUUUGGAGGCCGAGGCCGAGGCCGAGGACGUGGCCGUGGCCGUGGCCACCGCCGAGGGAGAGGGAGAGGGAGAGGUGCCCUCCCUCGCCCGGUACUGACCAAGGAGCAGCUGGACGCCGAACUGGAUGCAUACAUGUCGGAAGGGAAAGCGGCCCUGGAUGCUGAAAUGGAUACCUACGACGACGUGGCAGAGGCGGCUCCUGAGACCUGUGGCUGAAGCCCGCCUCUGGGACUCUUGUUCAAGUCACCACAUCUCUGCCGAAAUCCCCUGGAGAGAAGAGGAGGAGAGACCCGACCCGUGCUGCCAGGAACUCUCACAACAGGCGCGUUUAUUCGAUGUAAUUCUUGACUGUA